CGUGAAAACGGUGUGAAUAUAAAAAUAUUUUGAUAAUAUUCACUUGUUUUCCCCCUGCUUUUAAGCUGAUCACUUGAAGUUAACAAAAUUCUCGUCCUUAAUUACAAUGACAGCACCUUUAAUUAAUUUAAAUAAUGACAUUCAAAUGCCAGCUUUCGGACUAGGCACUUAUUUGAGUACUGAGUUCGAUGGCUAUAAAUACACAAAGUUUUGUUUAGAAAAUGGGUAUCGACAUAUUGAUACUGCCUAUUUUUAUGAAAAUGAAGAUGUGGUUGGAAAAGCUAUAAAUGAUGUUAUAUCGACUGGAUUACUGAAACGAGAGGAUAUUUUUGUAACAACAAAAUUAUGGAAUAUCCAUCAUGAACCGGAACUUGUAGAAAAGGCAUGCCGCAAAAGUCUUGAAAAUCUCAAGCUUGACUAUAUUGAUUUAUACUUGAUGCAUACUCCAAUCGGAUAUAAAUAUUCUGAGAAUGAAGAAUUGCUUCCAAAAGAUGCUGACGGAAACUUUCUCUUUAGUGAUGUCGAUUAUCUUGAUACAUGGAAGGCAAUGGAAAAGCUCGUUGGACCAGGACGGCCAGUCAAGUCUAUAGGUUUAAGCAACUUCAACAGUGAGCAAAUAACACGUAUACUUGAAAAUUGCGACAUAAAGCCUGUCGUCAAUCAAGUGGAAUGUAAUACUUCCAUAAAUCAAAAGAAGUUGAUAGAAUUCUGUAAAGCUAGAGAUAUUGUUGUUAUGGCUUAUUCACCAAUGACGAGACCACACUAUUUUGAAAAAGACAAAUCUUUACCUAGACCAGCAAUCUUACAUGAAAAAGUAAAGGAAAUAGGCCAAAAAUAUAACAAAAGUCCUGGACAGGUAGUCUUGAGAUAUCUUUAUCAAAUUGGCACAGUUCCAAUUCCUAAAUCAUCAAAUGAAAACCGAAUUGUUGAAAAUAUUUCAAUAUUUGAUUUUGAGUUGUCAGUCGAGGAAAUGCAAUUCAUGGAUGGAUUUAAUACUGGUCAAAGAACUGUUCCUUUCAAUGCCUGCAAAACUCACAAAUAUUACAUGUUCAAUAUUGAGUUUUAAGAAGCCUUAUUAUGUUUGGAUAAAAUGGCAUGAAGAAAAAUGUAUUUUUUUAACCAUAAUUUUUGAAAGUUAUGCUUAAUAAAAUUUAAAGAUCGCAAUUAAUUGAUAUUAUUUCUUGGUUUGAGCACUUUGUUAUUUUAAU